AUGUCCAUCGUGGCCGCCAAAAACAGCCUCGUGGCCCUGCUCCGCCGCAGCCAGGACCCCAACAACGACGACGACAACAGCUCCAGCCCCUCGACGCUGUCGCCAUUCAGCACAGCCGCGAGGGCCGGCGAGCAGGAACCCCUUUUGGGCUGCGGCAGGAGGAGAGCAACCGAGGACGACGACGUCGAGUCGCAGACCAGCAGCCACACGCUCGGCAGCACAGACAGCCAGGCGUCGUCGUCAUCGUCUUCCUCGCGCCGCAUCAGCGCCCGUAUAAUAUCCGACGCCACCAUCGGGCUGUCGGAUGGACUCACCGUCCCUUUUGCCUUGACGGCUGGCCUCUCCGCCCUCGACGACAGCCGCAUCGUCAUCUACGGCGGUUUGGCUGAGCUCAUCGCCGGUGCCAUCUCGAUGGGUCUAGGUGGCUACUUGGGUGCCAAGAGUGAAAUCGCAUCAUACCAAGAAACCCUCACCCAGACCAACCACAUGAUAAGCACAGACGCAGACGCGACAAUCGAAGCAGUGCGGUCCGUCUUUGCGCCCUACGACGUCCCCAAGCCCACCGUCGACGCGCUGGCCGCCCACAUCUCGACGGGCAAGAAGCUGCCCGACUUCCUGAUGCACUUCCACCACCGGGAGCCCGCGCCCGAGUCGUCGCGCGCGCUCGUGUCGGGCCUGACCAUCGCGCUGGGCUACUUUUUGGGCGGGCUGCUGCCGCUGCUGCCCUACGUCGUCGUGUCCGGACCCACCGCCGCCGACGGUCUGCACCGCGCCUGGUCCAUCAGCGUCGCCGUCAUGGCCGUCGCGCUGUUUUCGUUUGGCUACGCCAAGACUUGCUUCGUGACCGGUUGGUCGGGCCGCCGGUGUGUGCGCAAAGGGUUGGUCGGUGCAGUGCAGAUGGUCGUCGUCGGCGGUGCCGCCGCCGCCGCUGCCAUGUUGCUCGUCAAGUUGUUCAACUCCAUGGCAGAGGCCGGUGGUGGUGGGCCUCUGACGGGGUCUGCUGCGUGA